GUCUGUGUGGACAAAAUGGCUCUUGAUCCCUGGCCGAUCUCUGCAACACAUCCUGCACACCUCGCACGACAUCGAAAUCGACCGCCGUGAACGAACCGAACACUCCAUCAUUACCCGGCCAACGUAUCACCAUACCAGCCAGUCCUUUGGGCAUCCCGUCGGAGAGGCAUCAGUCAUCUAUACUAUACCAUACACACAGUACGACCGCGCACGAGCUGAGGGCUCCUGAUAGCAAUGCGCUUCGCCUCUGCCUCCAUCCUCGCCGCGACCACAUAUCUCGCCGUCCGCGCACGAGCACUUCCACAUCCAGCGCCAGCAGUAACAUACAAUGUGGUCGACGUGGGUGGUCCAACCGACACGCCUUCUCAAGUGCAGCCAGAGACGAUAUAUGAGACUGUGCAGACCACUUUAGCAGCUCAAACGACCAUCACAGAAGUUUCGACUGUCACUGCCGAAACGGCCAUCACAACUGAAGAGCUUCCGACAACGUCGACGACGACCUCGAAGUGGACGGCGGUGAUGGCAAGUGGGCCGCCGACGACAUCCAGUCCUGCUAGCUCCGCUUCCACGAGCACGAGCACGAGCACGAGCGCAAGCUAUAGCACAUCGAGCUCAGCGUUGAACACUCCGUCAAUUGCAGCGCACACAUCAGUCACCUCAACAACGAGUACUUCUACCACAUGCACCACAUCGAGCUCUUCAUCAAGCACGUCCUGGACUCCAGCAGAAUCGAGCACAGAAGCUCCAGUGUCUCCAUACACACCGGUGGCAACCGCUACAGCCACCCACACUGCCGACGAUGGCUUCUACCACCCUCCCGGAGACAAUGGCUCCUACCACCCUCCCGGAGAUAAUGGGAAAUACUACCCUUUUACCCCUUCUGUGACAGCGUCAUCGACCUCGACCAGACCGAGCUGCUCUUCGGGGAUUGCCAAAGCUACCGGGUGGGCAGCACCCUGGAACGCCACAGGCAACUACGUGAAGCGAGGUUUUGCUGCGCCGUCUGGUAGACUGCCUUCCCCUAACGCAGGGACCCACCUGGAGCUACUAUGAGGACGUGUCAUGGAGCUUUUCACAGAUUGAUUGAUCGAUUCCUUAGUGCUUUUCAUGCAGUGCAUAGCGAUGGGUAUUUCGUAUGGGCUUGGAGUCUCGAGCGAUGGGUUACAUGACAGAAUGAACAUGUUGAAGUCAGGAUGGGCAUAUGGGAACACACACACACACAACAGGAAAGCGAUACAGGUUGAACACGGAUUGCUCUGGCUAGUGCAGCAUUGGAGCUAAUAGGUAUGAUUGUAAUGAUAAGGUAUCGGAUAGUCGUGUAUGACUGAGCAACGAAUGCG